AUGGGCUGGAACAGCAGCACUUCCAUUGGUUUUGUGUUCAUCCUGGCUUUUCUCUCCAUUCUGAAAACAGCAGGUUUCUGGAACAAUGACCGAAGACAGAACUUUCCUCCAGGUCCAAGACCAUUACCUAUAAUUGGAAACCUUCUUUUGUUUGACUUGAAGAGACCCUACAGAACUUAUCUAGAGCUGUCCAAAAAAUAUGGUCCAGUCUUCAGCGUUCAGAUGGGGCACAGGAAAGUUGUAGUGAUUUCUGGCUAUGAGACAGUGAAGGAAGCUCUUGUAAACCAAGCAGAUGCAUUUGCAGAGAGACCUAAAAUCCCAAUCUUUGAAGAUUUGACUAAAGGAAAUGGGGUUGUUUUUGCCCAUGGUGAAAACUGGAAGGUGAUGAGAAGGUUUACCCUCACAGCCCUGCGAGACUUUGGGAUGGGCAAAAAGGCCAUUGAGGAUCGGAUCGUGGAGGAGUAUGGGCACCUGGCAGAGUCCAUUGCCUCCCAGGAAGGAAAUCCCAUUGAUGCCAGCAAAAUAAUUAAUGCAGCAGUUGCUAAUAUAAUUGUGUCAAUAUUGCUUGGAAAACGAUUUGACUACAAAGACCCCAGAUUUGUGAGACUUGUAACUAUGACCAAUGAAAACAUGAGGCUUGCUGGGAAACCUUUGGUCACGAUAUACAAUAUCUUCCCAUACCUUGGAUUCCUCCUAAGGGCAAACAAGGCUCUCCUUCGAAACAGAGAUGAAUUCCAUGAUUUUGUACGGGUUACUUUUGUAGAGUACCUCAAAAACCUGGACAAAAAUGACCAAAGAAGUUUUAUUGAUGCCUUCCUGGUUAAACAGCAGGAGGAGAAAUCCACUACCAAUGGGUAUUUCCAUAAUGGCAACUUGCUAAGCUUGGUGAGCAAUUUGUUUACUGCUGGUGUUGAGACCAUUUCCACCACACUAAACUGGGGCUUUCUGCUGAUGCUAAAGUACCCUGAAAUCCAGAAAAAGGUCCAAGCCGAGAUAGAGCAAGUGAUAGGAUCCAACCCCCCGCGGAUCGAGCACCGAGCUCAGAUGCCAUACACAGACGCUGUCAUCCAUGAAAUUCAGAGGUUUGCCAAUAUCCUGCCACUGGAUUUGCCUCAUGAGACUGCUGCAGAUGUCACCCUCCAAGGCUACUUCAUCCCCAAGGGAACCUACAUCAUCCCUUUACUGACCUCAGUCCUGAAAGACGAGUCACAGUGGGAGAAACCAGACAUGUUCUACCCUGAGCACUUCCUUGAUGCCAAUGGGAAAUUUGUGAAGAAAGAUGCUUUCAUACCUUUCUCAGCAGGGCGGAGGAUCUGUGCUGGGGAGACUCUUGCCAAAAUGGAGCUCUUCCUCUUCUUCACCAGUCUCCUGCAGAGGUUCAACUUCCUCCCUCCACCUGGAGUUUCCAACUCAGACCUGGACCUCAGUCCUGCCGUUUCAUUUAAUGUCAUCCCCAAACCCUAUAAAAUGUGUGCUGUAGCACGUUCCUAGAGCUCUAAUCCACUG